UUACGUUGUUGCGGGUGGUAUUAUCACUCCUGAGUCCGGACUAUAAAACGCGUAUUUGAAGAAAGAACAAAGAAUCAGAACCUAUAUAAGAGCCCACAAGAAGCUGCGCCGUCACUCUUCGGCCGAAAAGAGGGCUGAAGAAAGAGCUGUCCACGGGUCCAGAAGAUGAUGAUAAUGAUGCAGACUUCUGUCCUAUCUUGCGUCUUUACGCUGCAAUGCCUCCGAAGCAUGCAUUGUUCGCCAGUGCCCGAAGCAAUCAGGUACAAAGCGACGCCGGGAUGGCUCCAGAGGUUUGAUCUCCAUGACCUAAAGAAGAGAGGAAGAGUGCCCCAUCCUCAGGACACACUCAAAGACACAGCCUUGGCCAUAGGAGACCCUGUAAAAGCAGCACUGGUAACUAACAACACUGAGGAGUCUAACCGCCCCCGGUGUGGCGUCCCUGACUACCCCACACUGAAGGAUGUCAUCUACAGGGGGAGACACAGGCAGAAACGCUUUGUCCUGUUUGGGGGGCGCUUGGAGAAAACUGACCUCACCUACAAAGUGGUUCGUUUCCCCUGGCAGAUGAGCGAAGAAAAAGUGCGGCGUGUCCUGCUGGAAGCCCUGAGAGUGUGGAGUGAGGUCACACCCCUGACAUUCACUGAGGUCAGCAGUGGAAAGGCUGACAUUGUCAUUGACUUCACUAGUUACUGGCAUGGAGAUAACCUGCCCUUUGACGGCCCUGGGGGCAUUCUAGCCCAUGCCUUCUUCCCCAAGACCCACAGGGAGGGUGACAUCCAUUUUGACUAUGAUGAGGCGUGGUCCCUUGGCAACUACAUGGGCACAGACCUCCUCCAAGUGGCUGCUCAUGAGUUCGGGCAUGUUCUUGGCCUGCAGCACUCCCAGGAACCGGGCGCAGUGAUGUCCCCCUAUUACAGCUUCUCCUAUCCCCUGGAGCUGAGCGAGGAUGACAAGCUGGGGAUCCAAUACCUGUAUGGCCCUCGUCCACAUGUCCAGCCCCCAUCUCCACCCCAACCACUGCCACAAAUCACUACAGAUACCAAUGAGAUCAUUAGUAGUAUUCCUGACGCCUGCCAGACAGACUUCGAUGCUGUGUCUAUGAUUCGCGGAGAGCUGUUUUUCUUUAAGUCACGCUAUGUGUGGCGCAUUCGGGAGGGACGGCUGGAGGCAGGCUACCCCGCGCUGGCAUCCCGCCAUUGGAGGGGGAUUCCAGAGAGCAUUGAUGCAGCCUUUGAAGACCAAUCAGGGAAUAUCUGGUUCUUUCAAGGUCAAAGCUACUGGGUGUUUGAUGCAGAGAGACAGAUCACAGGGCCAGACUCUGUGCAGAGCCUCGGCCUGUCAGUCUCCCACAUCCAGGCAGCUCUGCGCUGGGGCCAGGACAACAACUACAACACCUACUUAUUCAAGUCAGGCAGCUACUGGAGGUUUAGCCCCAAGGAGAACCGUGUCGACUCUAUCUACCCUCGCAACAUGCAGGACUGGCGCGGCAUCCCCAGUGAUGUCGACGCAGCCUUCAAGGACCAAUAUGGCUAUGCCCACUUUAUCAGAGGGAGGCAGUACUGGAAGUUUGAUCCUGUGGAGAUGAAUUCACUACAGGGUUAUCCUCGCUAUUUUCACAUGGACUUCUUUGGUUGCAGAAAUGAGGACCCUUUGAAGGACCCUUGUUGGUUCCAGGUAGAACCCAUUUGGUUCCAAGUAGAACCAUUUUGGAUUCAAUGUAGAACCCUUUGCAAGAGUGUACGGUGCAUCGCUGUUGCACCCGGACCUAAUGGUUCAACAAAUGUAUUAAGCGUCAUAGGCAAAAACGAGUUUAUUCUGACCAUGGCUCACAGCUUCACUCAAGAAUAUUUCCAGAUUCCUUCCGUUACCAGAGCGUACACUACAGCUUGCGUUUUGACUACAGCAGCGGUGCAAUUGGAGGUAAUCACCCCAUUUCAGCUUUAUUUCAACCCAGACCUUAUCAUUAGAAGAUACCAGAUAUGGCGGCUGAUCACCAACUUCCUCUUUUUCGGAUCACUUGGAUUCAGUUUUUUGUUCAACAUCAUCUUUCUGUAUCGUUAUUGUCGUAUGCUGGAGGAAGGGUCUUUCCGAGGCCGCACUGCAGAUUUCGUAUAUAUGUUCCUGUUUGGGGGUGUCCUCAUGACUCUGUUUGGCCUCUUUGCCAACCUAUUCUUCCUGGGCCAGGCAUUCACCAUCAUGCUGGUGUAUGUGUGGAGUAGAAGGAAUCCUUACAUACGCAUGAACUUCUUCGGCCUUCUGAACUUCCAGGCACCGUUUCUGCCCUGGGUGCUCAUGGGAUUCUCAUUGCUGCUUGGCAAUUCCAUUGUCGUUGACCUUCUAGGAAUCGGUGUAGGACACAUCUACUACUUUCUGGAAGACGUGUUUCCAAACCAGCCUGGAGGCAGGAAGCUGCUGAUGACACCAGAACUUCUUCGAACCGUUUUUGAUACCCAAGAGGAAGACCCCAGCUACUUCCCACUCCCUGAGGAGCAGGCUGGAGAGUUUUGGCAGGACCAAGGUGGAGACGGAGGGGAGCCCAAUGACCAGGGGCAGUAGCAUGGGGACCAUCUAACCCCAUAUAAACCCAAGAUAUACUCCCAGCCCCACCGAAGAAACCAGGAGCCACCCAGCUGUGGAUAGAGGGUUUACUCCUCAGAGGGAUGUGGAUGAAGAGCGCAGCAACGUACCAUCUGUACAGUUCAGUGUGUCCACUGGGAGCCACCGUAGUGAGUUUGUUGCAGACUUCUUUCACCGAGUGUUAACUAGAAAUGUCAAAUGCAAUCAGAGGCCAAUGAGCAUUGCAACCUUUCCAUCACCACAUGCAUUUCUGGCUGUGGUACUAAUGGCACACAACCAUUUGCCAUUUCAAACAGAAUCACACCUUUUUAAAUACAGGUGCAAACAAAAUUCUUGCCUCGUCUUUGUUAUUGACCUGCUGCUCGACUCAUUCAUAAAUUUGCCGACUAUCUGGAAUCCUGUUACCGAGGGAACCUGCACCGUCUGCACUUUCCAACUAUUGCCUUUGUGGGUGAAGCACUGCUGCCAAAUAGAAAUGGCUUAGCACACCACCAACAACUGGGUUGUGCCGGGUGUUGUAAGCAUGAACAAAGCAUGCAAAACAGCCCAACAACUAUAAUAAGGCGGCAAACUUAUUUUUACUUCCUAAAUUAGUUUAAUAACCUUUCAUUUGGUUGUAUGGUCACUAUAAUAUAAUUUACAAAGACAUAACACUUAUCAAAAGCAAUCAAGAUCAUUUCACUUUUAUUUUUGUAAGAAUUAUUCAAAUGUACAAAAAGACAACAAAUAUAACAUAACAGAAUA